ACUCGCGUCAGCUGGGGAUCUGUGGCCUGCUUUGCCCACACAUUACAACUCGCCAUAAAUGAUGGCUUCAACAUCUAUUUAAACCGGGUCAUCGCGGCAGCUGGAAGACUUGUUCAGCACUUCAAUCAUAGUACUGUAGCUACUAAAGCACUUCGUGACAAACAGGUACAAAUGAAACUUCCACCGCAUCGCUUGAUUCAAUCCUGCAAGACGAGGUGGAACUCAGUCAGUGAUAUGUUUGCCCGGCUUGUGGAACAAAGGUGGGCAGUGACUGCGGUACUGUCAGAGCGCACUGUCACCAAGUUAGCGGACCCCAGAAUCCUUGAGCUUAAAGACGAAUACUGGCAGCUGAUGGAAGACGUGGCACCUGUGUUGGCAGCAUUAAAGUGUGCCACGACUGUAAUGUCUACAGAAUCUGAAGUGUCUAUUUCAAACAUCUACCCUAUCACUUUCGGCCUCUUACAGUCGCAUCUUAUGAGAAAUGAAGAGGACAGCGCUCGGGUUUCGGAGUUCAAAGAAAAAGUGCGUAACUCAUUGACGCAAAGAAUGCAGGUUCACUCCGAUGAACUACCAUCAAAACCAGCCAUGAUCGCAACGAUGCUGGAUGCCAGACACAAGAACCUGGUCUUUUUAAUGUCAUCCGAGAAGAGACUGACUGCCAACGCAAAGCUGCGCGAAUUGGCAUCCGCAGUGGAUCCGAUCGGGUCAGAAAAUGCAAAUACGGUUACUGAAAAUGCGCCGGAGGUCGAUGCUAGAUGUGACAACGGGAAAAGUGCCCUUCGUAUGCUGCUUGGGGAUCAUUAUAACGAGAAGUGCAUCAACGACUCUGAAAACGAAGUGAACAACUUUCUUAGAGAACAGCCUCCUUCACUUGACACAAGUGCUCUAGAUUGGUGGAAAGCCAAUGCCUCCAGAUUUCCCAGAUUGUCUCGGCUGGCAAAAGGGUAUUUAAGCAUACCUGGAACAUCUGUUCCAUCAGAACGCGUGUUUUCGGCAGCUGGCCUGACCGUCAACAGACUUCGCACGAGACUAACCCCGGAGAAUGUUAAUAUGUUGAUCUUUUUAAACAAAAACCAGUGAUGUGCCUCUUAAGGUAUGCUGUACUCACACUGUAUAAGGUUGUUAACUUUCAAGUUCCUUUUUUCCCCCCAAGUAAUCUUUUAAGCGAAGUAGCGAAAAAUGUUGCACAGUUAAGGUGCGCUAAAAUAUAGAAUUGAACGAAAGGCAAAAUUUAUGUUUUAAACAUUGCACAUGAGUUUAAUUGUUUUUAAAUGAUUUAAGAUACAUUCAAAGUGUUUUGCAGAGUUCUAACAUAAACGCUUUGGGAUUUGAAAAAGAAGCGAAUUUAAAACAGAUGUUGGACGUUUAAUGCAUAUGCAUUAAACAGCAUAAACUGACAAACAAAAAACUGUUGCAAAGUUGCACUCAACCUGUUCGAUGGUUUUAAUUAGUCUUUAAACAAAAGUGAUGAAAAGAUCACAUAAUGUAUUGGAAUUUGUAAAUGAAGUAAAAAAGAUGUUGCACCUGUUGGAGGUUUAACGCAGUAUAUACGUUAAAAUGUGCUAAAACGGAGAAACAAAGAAAACUAAUGUUGCGAAGUUGCACAUAACCUGUUCGAUUGUUUUAAUUACUUUUAAGCGAAAGUGUUGAAAAAUCACACGAUGAAUGCUUUAGAUUGGGAAUGAAGAAGUUUAAUGUUAAAUUAAUUUGUAUUUUUUGUAUUUUUCAAUGUGAAAAGCACUUGUACGCACCUUAAAUAAGCAAAAUAAAUGUUGAAAUUUUGUUCUUUCAAUGUGUUUAUGGAAGUGACAGAAAAAUAAAGUUUUAUUUAAGAAUCCAUGUUGUUUUAUUAUUGAAUGAGCAGAUGGAAGUACAGUGGAAAAAUAAAGAAAUCGAAACCAAAACACAUAGAGCUAGGAAAAUAAUUUAUAAAGUAAGGGAAUAUCAGAAGAUUCUAACACCAGCAAAAACACUUAGGAUAAAAUAUUUUUUUCUUACAUGGACACACGGACUCUGCGUCAGAGUGCGUGUGAGGUGGAAUUACAGACCGUGCUAUUAGUCAUUUUAUUUCGUUAUGAGAUAAGUUUAAGUUGAUGCUUUUAUCAAAACACCAACAACAUUG